AUGAAGUUGUCGCCGGGCUUGAAGAUGCUCGCCCGGGAGGUGUUGCCCAUUACAUCAGUGCGGCACCGGGCUUAUACGCUUGCUAAGGUGUCUCUCAAAGGGAGUUUCCAGCUUAGAGAGCAGUUCAUCCUCAGCAAAAUGAAGCUUGUGUUACCAUCGGAGUCCUCUGAGAGACGAAGGGCUCAAAGGAGCAGAGAGAAAACAGACAAGCAAAUGCAGAAAGCGGCACUGAUAAGCAGGGGGAGGCUCUGUGACGACACCAAAAAGGAGACGGAGGAGAGAGGGGCUCAAGUUGAACUCGAGUCUCUCAAAAAGGGCAAAGAGGUCCGGUCACUUUCCAAAGCUCUGUGUUGCAGAGCUUUACAGACUUUUCUGCUACUCAGCAUGAAGGCACCACUUGGAAUAUCCAUGAGCUCCGAUUUCCCACAUUACAGUUUCAGAAUGCCAAAUAUAGGGUUCCAGAACCUUCCCCUCAACAUCUACAUUGUUGUCUUUGGAACAGCCAUCUUUGUCUUCAUCCUCAGCCUCCUCUUCUGUUGCUACCUGAUAAGGUUACGGCACCAGGCCCACAAAGAGCUAUAUGCAUACAAACAAGUCAUCCAGAAGGAAAAAGUCAAAGAGUUAAAUUUGCAUGAGAUAUGUGCAGUAUGCUUGGAGGAGUUCAAACAGAAAGAUGAGCUGGGGAUUUGUCCAUGCAAACACGCCUUUCAUAGGAAGUGCCUCAUUAAGUGGUUGGAGGUGAGGAAAGUGUGCCCGCUGUGCAACAUGCCCGUCUUGCAGCUGGCCCAGCAGGCCGGCAGCGCGGACCCCCCCGUGGCCGCCGAGCAGCCUCUGCCCGGCAUCGAGAACCUGGUCUAGCAGAGGCAAAAGCAUCUGUCAAAGUACACAACAAACACACACCAUAACCAGUCCCGACACUCACGCUCUCACCUGUACGUGCACACUUUGCCAUGAGUGUGAGGACAGGCAGGACAAACUGGAGUAACUGUGCAGCUAGAAGCGUGAUUCUGCAUCUCAUCGCCUCUUUAUCUUUGCAUUGGUUCACAAAAAGCAUUUCCUCACAUCAGCUGUGACUGAAAGUUCGGUUGUUUUUUUUUUUUUUUUUUUUUUCUCCUCAUGGACAAGAUGAUAAUAAUAGAAGUUUCUUUUCUGACUUGUUCAUAACCAAAGCACUUUUCUGGGGACGUCAGCGAAAGACGAGGAAGAGGAAAACACAAAAGCCAAGAACUUCAAUACACUAAAAUAUGAGUAGUUUCUCUUUGUGUGUUUUUUUUUCUUUCUUUCUUUCUU